AUGAAGUAUUUUAUUUUAUUCAUUACUAUAUUUGUUAAAUUUACAACUUCAACAACUAAUUUUGACUAUGAAUCAUGGGAUACAAGUUAUGAAGAAGAUGAACGACCAUCAAUAUCUACCAAUUUAGAAAUACCAUCAUUUAUCCCCUCAUUACGACCACCACCACCAUCAGUAGAUCUUGAAAUUGAAAUACCAUCAAAUUGUAAAUCAGAUAAUUUUAAAAUCACUUCCUUGGAAGAAUUGGAAAAAAUUUCAAAUUGUGAAAUUUUAAUUGGUAAUUUACAUAUUUCGAAUUUCAAAUAUCCAAUAAUUACAUUAAAAUUGGAAAAAAUUUUAGGUAAUUUAACAAUUGAAAAAUCUCCAGAAAUUGUUCGUAUUGAAGCACCAAAUUUACAAAUUAUUAGUAAUCAAUUUUCAUUAUUUGAAUUGACUAGUUUAUCAUUAAUUUCAUUCCCUAAUUUAAAAUGGGUAAAUGUUUUAAAUUGGACAAUUUUACCUAUAUUGUCUAACGUUAAUUUUAAUCAUGAAAUUGAAGGGAUUGAAAGUAUUACAAUUUCAGAUACUAGUUUGACUGGAUUUAGUGGAUUUCUUGCUGAUUCUUUAAGAUUAUUGGAUAUUAAUAAUAAUAGAUUUUUAGAUGUUAUUGAAUGUAAUGUUGAAGAAAUUGAUUAUUUAAGAGUGGGUGCAAAUUCAAAAAAUGUUCGAGUUUUAUUUCCAAAAUUACGAAAAAUUUAUAAAUUAAUGGGUAUUUUAAAUGUUGAAAGUAUUUAUAUGGAUGAAUUAGAAGUUGUUGAAGGUUCAAUUAGUUUAAUUGAUAAUUAUUUUCAACAAAUUAGAUUUCCAAAAAUUUCAUUAAUUAAGGGAACUUUAAGUUUAUUAAAAAAUGAUCAAUUAAAUCAUGUCGAAUUUCCAAAUUUAAAUGAAAUUGAAGGUGGAUUAAUGGUUAUUAAUAAUACUUUAAUUGAAAAUAUUAAUUUCUUUUCAAAUGUUAAUAUUAUUGGUGGUGCAUUAGAAUUAAUUGGUUCAAUUAAAGAAAUUACAUUUAAACAAUUGAAAUUAGUUAAAGGAAGUGCUAUUGUUAAAUCUACUUCACCAUAUUUUGAUUGUCAAAAAUGGUUGAAACUGGAUAUUAUGUUGAUUGUAAGAGGUGGGAAAUUGGAAUGUACAAAUGCGAAGAAUGAAAAGACAACAUCAAGAACAAAAGAAGAUGGAAGUGGAUUAGAUGAGAAAAAUUUGAGUGGUAGAGCAAAAAGUGGAUCAACAUCUUUAUCCUCUUCAAGAUCAACAAGUUCUGGAAAUAAGUUAGAUGUUGAUUCUGGUCAUAAUAAUCAUCAACAUUUAGAUGAUCCAAUUACUACUACAACUUCAGAUUCAAAUGGAUUAACAUUGGAUUUAAAAUUUGAAAUUUAUAAUGUAAUUUUAUUAAUUUUGAAUUUAUUAUUUGAUUAA